AUGAAGUCUCAAGCAAUUAAGACAGCGAUGUCGAAGAACGAAGCUCCAGAAAGUGAAGAACAAAAAUUGAAACAAAAAUGUAAAGAAUUGAAAAAAAGAAUAACGGAUAUCGAGGAAAAUAAUGAGAUUGCUACUAUAGCACUUUCAAGAACUAGAAUGGGGAUUCGAAGGUUACGUCUUGAAUAUAUGAUACUACUCGAAAGACUCGAGGAUCGAGCUAUAAUGGUACCAGAUGGUAUAGCCGAACUAGAGGAAAUGUCACCUCCUCCAUCUCCAACUGUUUUGGAUGACUCUUUGACUGAUUCGAAUGCUGAUCUUUCUCGUACUUCCUUAUCCAAGAAAGGAAAACGCAGAGGAGGUCCGGCUACUUCUGCAGCCGCUAAAGCUAAGUUAAGAGAUCCUGAUUUACCAAAAAGACCCACUAAUGCCUAUUUAAUAUUUUGUGAGCUGGAAAAGGAACGCGUCAAACAUGAAAUUGAAUCAAGUGGUGGUGUCGUUACUGACUUAUCUAAAACAAUGACUGAAGCUUGGAGAAAUUUAGAUCUUGAAAAACGUCAACCGUUCUAUAGAUUGUACGAAGAAGACAGAGCUAGAUACCAGAGGGAAAUGGUGGUAUACAACCAAAAGAAGAAGGAUGAAGAGGAUGAAGAAAUAAGACUGGAUGAAUCAAAAGCGAACAAAAAGCAAAAAACUGAUUCAGAAGCUCCAAUAGAUGAUUCAGAAGCAGACCCUAGUAGGGAAACUACAGUUAAACCUGAGGAGAAUGAUGAACAAGAUGAUGAAGAUAUAGAACCUUCAAUUAACGGAGAAGCAGACGCGGAAGCAGAAAUGGAUGUUGAUGCAGAAGAAGCAGAUGCAGAAGCAGAAGACGAAGCAGAAGCAGAAGCAGAAGCAGAGCAAGAAGCAGAGCAAGAAGCAGAGCCAGAAGCAGAAGCAGAACUCGAAGUGGAAACUGCCGAUACUGAAGCCCCAUUGGAUUCAGAAGUCAAAGUCGAAGAUGAUCAAAACCAGGGUUCUAAUGAAAACGCAGUUGAUUCUUCUAUGGCACAAAGAGAAGCCUCAGAUGUUCCCGAGACACCGGCACAAAAUGGUUUGAAUAGACCAACUGAUUCAGCAAAUGAACACCAUACACAGACCAGUCACGAGUCUUCAUUGUCAGAUCAACCUGUUAAUGGAGAGGCUAAAGAAGCCGAUCCUGAAAAUUCUACUAAUUGA